AUGAAUUACGAUUCCUCUAACGAUUUUCAAGCGUUGUGUAAUGAAAUUAUGAACGACCCUUCAAGAAACACGGAAUUUACAAACGAAAUGUAUAACGAGAAUAUCGAUAUUCAAACGUUUUAUGAGGAAAUUAUGCACGGUGAACCUACCUUAUCGCUUUUACAAGUUCCAAAAAACACGGGAUUUACCAACGAAAUGUAUAACGAGAAUAUCGAUAUUCAAACGUUUUAUGAGGAAAUUAUGGACGGUCUACCGAGACCAAAUUCGUCUUUGAGAAUCCAUCAUGUUCACCCGGUUCCCUGA